CGCCGGUCAAGAAGGAAAAGAGUAGCAUAUUCAGUUCGUUUGCCAAGGUCAAGGCGAAGCCCAAGAAGGUGGAAGAGGCAACUCCCGCUUCCUAUAUUAGGCGGAACCUAGCGCCUCUGAAGAUGGUAAGUCUACGAGAAGCUUUCAGAAAGUGAUGGUGACUGAUAUUGGGCAGUUGUUCUGGACGAUGCAUCUGAAGACGAGCCUGACGAACUUUUCCCUGACUCGAACAAGUCUGCUUCUACCAGCACGAGGGAGACUCGGAAAGAGCGGGAGGAGAGGCUUCGGAAGAUGAUGGAGGAUGACGGUAUGUCACUCUACCCUGCUCCAAUAGCAGCUAUUGACUUAUACAGAUGAGGAAGAAGAUGAAGAAAUGCCUGAUGCCGCACCGUCGCCUGAAGAGGAGUCCAAUGUCAUCGACCAACCACCGCCUAAACCGGCCGAACCCAAGGAAGAGGUGAUUGUCCGCGCAGGCCGUCGACGAGGAAGGCGCCAGGUGAUGAAGAAGGAGACGGUCAAGGAUGAGGAGGGCUACCUGGGUGAGAUUGACCUCGGUGCACAUUUCUCUCGGAAGAGAUUUACUGACUAUUUGGGCCAGUCACCGUCGAAGAGCCGAGCUGGGAGUCAUUUUCGGAGGACGAACCAGCACCGCCGCCCAAGAAGAAGCCGGCCGUGAGUGCCCCGAAGGGAAAAGCCGGGCCUAAAGCUGGUCAGGGCAGCAUCAUGUCAUUCUUUGCAAAGAAAUAGCGAGCCAGUAAUUGAGGCGAGGGUGGAGGCACAAUACAAGAGCGGAGCUGUGUAC